GAUGAGCCUGCUAGCAGCCUUCGAGCAGGCUAGCUGUGUAGAGCUAGCGUGCUACCAAAGUGUGCAGUUUAUUUUCGGGACAGCACGAUGAAGAACAUUAAGUAUUUUAUACUUAUCCCGCUACAUCAUAUUGACAACAUAACCGGGAGAUAGGGGCGUCUUUUCGUCAGUGAAGCGGGUCUGUGCGACCCUCCAGGAUCAUUGUCUGGAUGGACUAACGUCCGAGCUAGCACCGCUGCUUGAGACUUCCCGAGCGGGCACGGAUGGGAUUUCCUCAGCUAGCCGAUGCUAAUGGUGGUGCUGGCUGAUUAGCUUCACGGCUAACCGGUUGGCGUAAGCUAUCUGACACAGUUGGUUGACGUAGCUCAUCUGAUAAUUACCAGGCUCUGAAAAGAGCGGAUUUGCUGGCACGACCAUGCCUCCCAGGCCCUCCUCAGGAGAACUAUGGGGGAUGCACUUGAUGCCCCCCAGCAUCCUAGUGGACUGCCUUCUGCCAAAUGGCAUGAUUCUCACGUUGGAGUGCCUUCGGGAGGCCACACUGAUCACAGUCAAGCAUGAUCUCUUUAAAGAGGCCAGGAAGUACCCUCUGUACCAUCUGCUGCAGGAGGAGAGCUCCUACAUCUUUGUCAGUGUCACCCAAGAGGCGGAGCGGGAAGAGUUUUAUGAUGAGACCAGAAGGUUGUGUGACCUAAGGCUUUUCCAGGCUUUUCUUAAAGUUAUUGAGCCAGUAGGCAAUAGAGAAGAGAAGAUCCUCAACAGAGAGAUUGGUUUUGCUAUUGGAAUGCCCAUUUGUGAGUUUGACUUGGUGAAAGACUCAGAAGUGCAGGACUUUAGAAGGAACAUUUUAAAUGUUUGUAAAGAGGCUGUGGACCUUAGAGACUCUAAUGGACCCCACAGCAGAGCUUUGUACGUCUAUCCUCCCAAUGUAGAAUCCUCUGCAGAACUUCCCCGGCACAUCUAUAACAAGUUGGACAAAGGUCAAAUUAUUGUGGUUAUAUGGGUUAUUGUGUCACCCAGCAAUGACAAGCAGAAGUACACACUGAAGAUCAACCACGACUAUGUGCCAGAACAGGUGAUAGCUGAGGCCAUCCGCAAAAAGACUCGCAGCAUGCUGCUCUCCCAGGAGCAGCUAAAGAUGUGUGUGCAGGAGUAUCAGGGAAAGUACAUCCUCAAAGUCUGCGGCUGUGAUGAGUACUUACUGGAGAAAUACCCUCUGAGUCAGUACAAGUAUGUGCGCAGCUGUAUCAUGCUGGGACGGAUGCCCAACUUGAUGCUAAUGUCCAAAGACAGUCUGUAUUCCCAGCUGCCCAUGGACAACUUCACCAUGCCGUCUUAUGCGAGGCGAAUAUCCACAGCAACGCCCUACAUGAACGGGGAAACAGCCACAAAGUCUUUGUGGACGAUCAACGGGACACUGAGGAUCAAGAUACUGUGCGCCACCUACGUCAAUGUCAACAUCAGAGACAUUGACAAGAUCUAUGUCAGGACUGGGAUCUACCAUGGUGGAGAACAGUUGUGCGACAAUGUCAACACGCAGCGAGUGCCCUGCUCAAACCCCAGGUGGAACGAGUGGCUGAACUACGACAUGUACAUUCCAGACAUCCCACGUGCCGCCCGCCUCUGUCUUUCCAUCUGCUCUGUGAAGGGAAGGAAGGGAGCUAAAGAGGAGCACUGUCCCCUCGCCUGGGGCAACAUCAACCUGUUUGACUACACCCACACACUGGUAGCAGGGAAGAUGGCUCUCAACCUAUGGCCGGUCCCACACGGCCUGGAAGACCUGCUCAACCCUAUCGGCGUCACAGGAUCUAACCCAAACAAGGAAACCCCUUGUCUGGAGCUAGAGUUUGACCACUUCAGUUGCCCUGUCAAGUACCCUGAUAUGACCAUCAUCGAAGAUCAUGCAAACUGGAACAUCUCCAGAGAACUUGGCUUCAAUUACUGCCACACUGGUUUGAGUAACAGACUGGCAAGGGACAACCCCCUGACUGACGCUGACAAUGAGCAGCUACGCCAGGUGUCCAACAGAGACCCGCUUUCUGAAAUCACUGAGCAGGAGAAAGACUUUCUUUGGAGGCACAGACAAGACUGUGUCAACAUGCCAGAGAUCCUUCCCAAGAUCCUCCUGGCUGUGAAGUGGAACUCAAGAGAUGAAAUCGCACAGAUGUACUGCCUUCUGAAGGACUGGCCUGCUAUCAAGCCAGAACAAGCCAUGGAGUUGCUCGAUUGCAACUUCCCUGAUCCCAUGAUCCGAGAGUUUGCUGUAAAGUGCCUUGAGAAAUACCUAACUGAUGACAAACUCUCACAGUACCUCAUUCAACUGGUUCAGGUUCUAAAGUAUGAGCAGUACCUUGAUAACCCACUUGCACGCUUCCUGCUUAAAAGGGCUUUAACCAAUCAGAGGAUAGGACAUUUCUUCUUCUGGCAUUUAAAAUCAGAGAUGCAUAACAAGACAGUGAGCCAGCGAUUCGGCCUACUGUUGGAGUCAUACUGCCGAGCCUGUGGCAUGUAUCUAAAGCAUUUGAGCAGACAGGUGGAGGCCAUGGAGAAGCUCAUCAAUCUGACCGACCUCCUCAAACAGGAGAAAAAAGAUGAAGCCCAGAAGACGAUAAAGGUUCAAAUGAAGUUUCUGGUAGAGCAGAUGAGACGGCCUGAUUACAUGGAUGCCCUGCAGAACUUCACCUCCCCGCUGAAUCCAGCUCAUCAGCUCGGGAACCUCCGCCUGGAAGAAUGCAGGAUGAUGUCGUCAGCCAAGCGACCGCUGUGGCUUAACUGGGAAAACCCAGAUAUGAUGUCAGAGCUGCUUUUUCAAAACAACGAAAUCAUCUUCAAAAAUGGAGACGAUCUGAGGCAGGACAUGCUGACGCUGCAGAUCAUUAGGAUAAUGGAGAACAUCUGGCAGAACCAAGGCCUUGAUCUCAGGAUGCUGCCUUACGGCUGUCUGUCCAUCGGAGACUGUGUGGGCCUGAUAGAGGUGGUGAGGAACUCUCAUACCAUCAUGCAGAUCCAGUGUAAAGGAGGCCUGAAGGGGGCGCUGCAGUUCAACAGCCACACACUGCAUCAGUGGCUCAAGGAUAAGAACAAGGGAGAGAUGUAUGAUCAGGCCAUAGAUCUGUUCACCCGGUCCUGCGCUGGUUACUGUGUAGCCACAUUCAUCUUGGGCAUUGGUGACAGACACAACAGCAACAUUAUGGUCAAAGAUGAUGGACAGCUGUUUCACAUAGACUUUGGCCACUUCCUCGAUCACAAGAAGAAAAAGUUUGGGUACAAGAGAGAACGUGUACCAUUCGUGCUUACACAGGACUUCCUGAUUGUUAUUAGUAAAGGAACUCAAGAGUGCACCAAAACAAGGGAGUUUGAAAGGUUCCAGGAGAUGUGCUACAAAGCCUACCUUGCGAUCCGGCAGCACGCCAACCUCUUCAUCAACCUCUUCUCCAUGAUGCUUGGCUCAGGGAUGCCCGAGCUGCAGUCAUUCGACGACAUCGCUUACAUCAGGAAGACCCUGGCCUUGGACAAAUCAGAGCAGGAAGCUUUGGACUACUUCAUGAAGCAGAUGAACGACGCUCACCAUGGUGGCUGGACUACAAAGAUGGACUGGAUCUUCCACACGAUCCGCCAGCACGCCAUGAACUAGAACGAGGACUAUACCAGAUUAGGAAUAAAGGACUGUGACGGCAGCAGCAGAAAGAAAAAUGAGACGUGAGAGAGGUAUUUCCCCAAACACACUAAGGCCUCGUUGAUACUUAUCCCUACAAGUGCACCUCAAAGGGUGCUCAGAAAG